AUGACAAAAUUUUCAAGUAUUCAAAGUAAUGAAAGUAUGGAAUCACUUUUCAAUUACGAAAUAUUUUUAGAAAAUAUGAAAAUUAUGGAACAUGAAUAUAUUUUAACCUUUGACGAAUAUCUGAUGAGUUCAAUGUAUGAGAUAUUAUUUUCAGAAAAAGAUCAAAAACAUAAAUUUUUUAAAAAGAAGAAAAAAAUUCCAAUUCCAAUCCAACCUGAAUAUGAAUUAGAAAUUGAUCAAGAAGAUGUCAAUAUUAAUUUGAAUGAAAAUAUAAAACAAAUAAAAAAUGUAAUUGAAAUUUCAUCAACUCCACAAAAAUCUAUAUCAAACUUGUUAUUAAGAAGUUAUACAAUUUAA